CUUAGAAAUUGAAUCUGUUGCUGAAGCUUUAAUCAAAGCACAUCCAUGUUUGAGAGAACAGGGAUCCUUCAGUGGUUUCUACGGCUGGAAAAUAAGUCUUAAGUACAAGAUGGCCAACUACAGGACAAAGCUUAGAAACUUGGGGUGUCCAGAACUGAGCAUCAAUUCCCUCAAGCACAAACCUGCAGAUAGAUGUCAGCCUGCCUACGAUGUCAAAAAACCGAGGAAAGCAGAAGUAAAUUUUUGUCCUCCCUAUCCUGCUGGAGAGACCCAGGACAGUCUUGAAGGUGAAAGAUUGGCAUUGUUAUCUGAGGUCAAGAAGAGACAUAAUGAUAAAGUUGUCAGAGAAAAGAUGGCCAAGACCUUCGCAUACAGAAGACAGGAGGUCGUUAGAAACAAGCCCAUGAUCGUGGAGUUCAAGAUCAGAUGGCCAGGACUGUUCACUGUGGCAGAGAUGGAAGCAGAAUUUGUGAGGAUCACUACUCGUCCCCUUGUCUCAAAGUUUCAUGCACAGCUUGACCAACAUACUGCCCAGCUCUUCAAAGUGUUGAAGAAGAAAGGAGGCUCUGCAGGGAAUAAAAUCAGCAGGAUUUUGCUCCCAAUCAGACAGAAUGAAACCAUUGAAAAGAGGAGAGAGUGCAUCCUGAAGGCACUUUGUAUCUAUCUGAACGAAGACCCGAACAUCCUCUUCAAAGAAUGGGGCUUCAUCAAUUCAUACUCUUCUGACUAG